GGUAACAAGCCCCCAUCGCCUACUAAUAAGCCCGAAACGGUGAAGCCUGCGACCGAAAAACCCACGCAGAAAGUGACGCCGAAGCCGACAGAGAAGCCGACUAAAACACCAAAACCAACAGAGCCGUCUGGAGAAACUCCUUCAGGUACAAAAUGUGUUGAAAAUUUAUUUGUUCAGAGGUAAAUCUCGACUGAUUAUCUCAGUUUUUAGACCUCUUGAAACGAAUCAAAUCGAUCAUUCAAAUCAUUAUUUAUACUACUAUCUAUUUUAUAUUAUUGGCCAGGACUUUUAACAUAUGUCUAGUUCUCGUAACAAAACCUGUUGCUUUUCUCUAUUAUUACCAGGUUUUCAGAAGGCUUGCUUAGAAGCACACAACGACUUCCGAUUUUUUCACGGCGUUCCCUUGCUGAAGUGGUCGGCAAAGUUGACAAGCGACGCACAGGCCUGGGCAGAUCACCUUGCGGCUAGUGGAAAGUUUGAACACGAUCCAACCGCCCGAGACAAGGACCAAGGCGAGAACCUAUAUUAUGUCACUUUCCAACCUCUUCCUAAGAGAUUGUGCGCGUAUGGCGAACAAGGAGAUUGUCUGAGCUGUGAAGAGAUUGUGCAGGCAUGGUAUGAUGAGGAGGUCGAUUAUAAUUACGAUACUGGCAAACGUAAGACGCUUGGUGCAGUUAUAGAACAUUUUACUCAGCUUAUCUGGAAGGCGACUAAUGAGCUUGGCAUGGCAACUGCUGUGGCUGGUAAUAAGGUGGUAGCAGUUGCUAGAUACUCGCCCGUGGGAAACUGGGAGGGAGAGUUCAAGGAAAAUGUCCCACCGCCAAUCAAUGUGUAA